CGCGAUCUGCGCAUUUCAUCGCAUACUUCGUCAGACGCUGGUUGAGCUCCGUUAAAUUAAAGCCUUUAAUAAUCUGUUUUGCGAGUUGUUCUACGUUGAAUAAAAAAAAAAAGUCAUUCGGUGCGAUUGUUCGAAGAAAGAACGAUAUAAAACGAUAUCUCUUUGUUCAAUUGGCAACCCAUCGAAAAUCGAAUACAUCAAUAAUAUAACAAAAUGACUCAAAAUUGGGAUAAUGAAAAUGAUUACUCUGAACCUGUAGAUGUAUCUUCUUUUGAAGACGAUGGUGGUCGAGGUUAUGGAAGAGGGCGUGGUUUCAUACUACAAAAUAAUAAUAAUAAAUAUAAUGAUAAUUUUGGAUACAAUGAUAACAAACUUGCAGAUUCAGACAACAUAAGAAAUGUCAGAGGUGGUGGUGUUGGUAUUAGUGGUGGUGGCAGAGGUCGUAAUGGUAGAGGUGGUGGUGGUGGUGGUGGUGGUGGUGGUGGUGGUGGAUAUGGAAAAGGAAUUAGAGGAGGAUAUAGAAAUGAAAAUCAUGGUGGAGGAGAUAAUAGUUAUGGAUAUGAUGAUGAGAAUGAUUUUAAUAGAUCAACAAAAGAUGAUAAUUGUUAUGAAAAUGAUAAUAAAGAUGAAGGUUGGCAUGAAGAUGACGAUGAAAAAAAUGAAAGAGAUUUUAAAGAUGGAAAAGGUAGAAGAGAAAGUAAAGGAGGUGGUAGAAAUCAUAAAAAUGUAAACAAUGACGGUGGAGAUAAUGAAUUUGAUUUUAAUAAAGAUCAUGGAAGAGACAGAGGUGGACGAAGUAAUAGAGGAAAUAGAGGUAGUCGUGGCAGAGGCCGUGGUGGUAGUGGUGGUGGUGGUGGUAGCAGAGGUGGCAAUAAAGAAGGAGAUGAAGAUAGUAAAGAAAAGUCAAAAACAGAAGUCUAUAUACCACCUGAUGUAUCUACGGAUGAAAAGUCUUUAUUUGAAAAUGGCGUUCAACAAGGCAUUAAUUUCAAAAAAUAUGAUCAAAUUGAGGUUUGUGUAAGUGGAGAUAAUGUACCACAAUGGAUAGAAUCUUUUGAGGAUGCUGGUCUAAGAAAAUAUAUUUUAAGUAAUAUUCAAAAAUCUAAAUAUACUAAACCAACGCCUGUGCAGAAAUAUGCAUUACCUAUUAUAAUGAGCGGUCGAGAUAUGAUGGCCUGCGCGCAAACUGGUUCUGGGAAAACUGCAGCCUUUGUUGUACCAAUCGUAAAUACUCUAUUAGAAUCACCCAGAGAACAUUUUUCGAAUUCUACUUGCUCACCACAAGUCAUUAUAAUUUCACCGACUCGAGAAUUAACAAUACAAAUAUACGAACAAGUUCUAAAAUUCUCAGCAGGCACAAUUUUGAAAGCUGUCGUUGCAUACGGUGGAACUUCUGUCUCACAUCAGGGAAGCAGAGUUUCUGCUGGCUGUGAUAUAAUCGUAGCCACACCAGGAAGACUAUUAGAUUUUCUUCAAAGAGGACGGAUUACGCUAACAUCUAUACGAUUUCUUGUUUUGGACGAAGCUGAUCGUAUGUUGGACAUGGGAUUUUUGCCUGACGUUGAAAAAAUUGUCGAUCACGAAACGAUGGUUCCUACGGGAGAAAGGCAAACCCUUAUGUUUUCGGCCACAUUUCCAGACGAGAUACAACGAUUGGCAUCACGAUUUUUAAAAGAUUAUCUAUUCGUAGCAGUAGGCAUAGUGGGCGGUGCAUGUUCGGACGUGGAACAAAAAUUUUAUGAAGUUACAAAAUAUAAAAAGCGAGAAAUGUUGAAGGAACUUAUGGAGAAAGAAACUGUGAGUAGUACACAACAGGGUACUUUGGUUUUCGUAGAAAUGAAAAGAACAGCGGACUUUAUCGCAGCCUUCCUUUCGGAAAACAAUUAUCCGACAACGAGUAUUCAUGGCGAUAGAUUACAAAGAGAAAGGGAAGAGGCUUUAAAAGAUUUUCGAAGUGGUAGAAUGUCUGUAUUGGUUGCAACGGCAGUUGCGGCACGUGGUUUAGAUAUACGUAAUGUCGCUCACGUUAUAAAUUAUGAUUUGCCAAAAGGAAUUGACGAAUACGUUCAUAGAAUUGGUCGUACUGGUCGUGUUGGUAAUCGUGGAAGAGCUACGUCAUUCUUUGAUCCGGACAUUGACACACCGUUGCUUCCUGAUCUGGUAAAAAUUUUGAAACAAGCGGAUCAACCGAUACCAGAUUGGUUGUUAAACGGAGGGGACAACAAAUCUUUAGCACCUGGAAAAUCAAAACAAUUUGGCGGAGAAGAUAUUCGUAACUUCGAGGACGAGAGUAGUGGAGUGCCUUACGGUGAAGAAGCAUACAAUCCUGUAUUGGAACCAGAAGAAGAAUGGUAAAAGAGAACAUUACUAUAUACUUUCAAGG